UGAUCCAUUCAAUACUCGUUCACUGUCAACCUUAAGUUCAGACAUUUUCUUUUUAUUUUCACUCUUUUUCUCCUCCAAAACCACUCACAAAACCGAUUACUUCUUCUUCUACACUAACAAUGGCCUUCUACUUCUUCUUCUUCUUCUUCUUCUACUUCAGUAUUGGUUUUGUGCAGAAUGUUUAUUAUCCGGUUGGAGCGGCUAGCAUCACUCAGUGCAAGAAGCCGCCAGUGAUCUUCGUCUUCGGCGAUUCGAACUCCGACACUGGUGGACUAGUUGCCGGUCUCGGUUUCCCUGUCAAUCCCCCCUAUGGCCGUUCGUUUUUCGCCAGAUCUACUGGUCGAUUGUCUGAUGGACGGCUCCUGAUCGACUUCCUCUGCCAAAGUGUGAAUACGAGUUUCCUGAGUCCAUACUUGGACUCAUUGGCAGAUUCAAAGUUCAAAAAUGGUGCAAAUUUUGCAAUUGUGGGAUCAUCAACUCUCCCCAAAUAUGUUCCAUUUUCAUUGAAUAUUCAGCUUAUGCAGUUUCUUCAUUUCAAGGACAGGACUCUUCAGCUUGUUACUGCUGGUUCAACUGAUUUCAUCAAUGAAGAUGGGUUCAGGAAUGCACUUUACAUCAUUGACAUCGGCCAAAAUGACAUCGCUGAUUCUUUCUCAAAAAAAUUUACUUAUGCACAAGUUGUCAAAAGAAUUCCAUCUGUUCUCAGAGAAAUUCAGAACGCUGUCACGAAAUUGUAUGAUCAAGGAGGCAGGAAAUUUUGGAUACACAACACAGGACCCUUAGGUUGUCUCCCUCAGAAACUUUCAUUAGUUAAGAACAACGCUUUAGAUCAUUAUGGAUGUAUUUCAAGUUACAAUGAUGCGGCGAGACUGUUCAAUGAAGGAUUGCGCCAUCUUUGCCAGGAGAUGAGAUCCAAAUUGAAUGGUGCUACCAUAGUUUAUGUAGAUAUAUUUUCCAUCAAGUAUGAUCUCAUUGCCAACUCCACCAAAUAUGGCCUUUCAAGUCCAUUGAUGGCAUGUUGUGGCUUUGGAGGACCUCCAUACAAUUACAACAUAAACGUGACAUGUGGGAAUCCAGGUUCUAAGGCUUGUGAUGCAGGUUCAAAAUUUGUCAGCUGGGAUGGAAUUCAUUACACUGAAGCAGCUAACCAAAUUGUAGCUUCAAAAGUGCUUUCCACGGCUUAUUCCACACCAAGUACUACUUUUGGUUUUUUCUGUCAGUAGAUAAUAAACUCAACAGGACAAACUUCUUCAGAUAAUUCCGGCCAAAUGGGUUUGAAGACAAUAACAUGGGCACAAGCCAUGAAGGUAUUUAUAUGUACUUGUUUCGUUUUCGAUUUUGUUGUAAUGUUGCUGAGAGUAUGAUGAUCUAUGUUAUGUGUAAGAAGAUGGAGGUCUUCAUUUGGAUGAAAAGGGUUGGAAGCUGAUUAAGCAAGUAGGUCACUUAUCUUCUUUGAGUUCAAACCAUGUAGAAGAGAAUUCAAAAUUUGGCAAGAAAUUAGUUAGCUUGUUGGUUAAA